CCUUGUUCAGAGACAAUUGUGAUGUGAUCUUGUGGCCUCUGUGGUGGGAGUUGCAACUUCCUUUGUGUCCCGUUCCCUGCCCGGGUGACGCCUGGCACCCGGAGAUCAACAGCCUUGCUAACAACGGCCCCUCUGACUCCCAGGAACUCUUUGCUGAAUUUGGAACCCUGAAGAAGGCAGCUGUGCAUUAUGACCGCUCUGGUCGGAGUUUAGGAACGGCAGAUGUGCACUUUGAGCGGAAGGCAGAUGCCUUGAAAGCGAUGAAACAGUACAACGGAGUCCCAUUGGAUGGCCGCCCCAUGAAUAUCCAGCUGGUCACGUCACAGAUAGACACACAGCGAAGACCUGCACAGAGCAGUAUAAACAGAGGCGGUAUGACUAGAAACCGUGGGUCCGGGGCUUUCGGUGGUGGCAGCCGGAGAGGCACCCGUGGUGGCAGCCGGGGACGAGGCAGAGGAACUGGCAGGAGUUCGAAGCAGCAGCUCUCGGCAGAGGAGUUAGAUGCCCAGUUGGAUGCUUACAAUGCCCGGAUGGAUACUAGCUAAACCCAUGGCAGCCCAUGCGCGCACAGAACAAACCCAGACAUCUCACCCAUGCUUCCUGCCGGGAGAGGGAGGGUUGGCGGGCCUUGACUGGGCUCCAGUGAUGGAUUUGUUUCAUUUAUGUUUUAAAAUAGGAUUUAAAAGCUCAUGUAAAGGUUUUUUCUUUUCUUUUUUUAAUUUUGAAACAGACAUGUUUUGUACCGAGUUAUUUUUGGGAUAAACUUUACUGUUUGCUGUUGUGGGGAAGGUGGCGUUUUCACCUUCGCCAUAAUAAAAUAGAACUGUGUGUAGAA